UUAUAUUUCACCGUUUAGCUGCGGCUUAUUCCAGGUGAGCCGUGGUGACGCAGUGUACCGUUUCCUUGCCCCCAAACCUGGUCUCGCUCUCUCUUUGUCGAUCUCCGUCGAUCUGGGAUAGCUUGACUUCCUCCGGUCAUAGCGACGACGAACCAUGAAUAUCUUCAGGAAGAAGCCUUCCGCCAAAGAUGCUCUAAGGACGAGCAAAAGAGAAAUGGGAGUUGCGACACGAGGUGUAGAAAGAGAGAUAGCUUCAUUGCAGCUGGAGGAGAAGAAAUUGGUUGCAGAGAUCAAGAAGACUGCACAAACUGGGAAUGAAGCUGCCACUCGUAUCUUAGCUCGCCAACUUGUUCGACUGAGACAGCAAAUCACUAACCUGCAGGGAACCCGUGCCCAAAUAAGAGGCAUAGCCACUCAUACCCAAGCAAUGUAUGCUAGUACUUCAAUUUCCACAGGAAUGAAAGGUGCAAGCAAGGCCAUGGCAGCUAUGAACAAGCAAAUGCAACCAGCAAAGCAGGUAAAAGUAAUGAGAGAGUUUCAGAAGCAAUCAACACAGUUGGAUAUGACGAUUGAGAUGAUGUCGGAGGCCAUAGAUGAAACGUUGGAUAAAGAUGAAGCAGAGGAGGAAACAGAAGAACUCACAAACCAGGUGCUUGAUGAAAUUGGUGUUGACGUUGCUUCUCAGUUGUCUUCGGCUCCUAAAGGUCGGAUUGCAGUUAAUAAUAAGAAAGUUGAUACUGCCUCGAGGCAUGUCGCUCCAGAGAAACCCGAAGUUGAUGAACUAGAGAAGCGGUUGGCAUCUCUCCGGCGCAUCUGAAUCGCCAACUUGGAAUAGCUCUAAUAAGGCUUUUGGCAAGAACUAUCAUCCUAUCGUUAUGUGAAGAUUGUUUACUUGUAAGGCAUAUCUAUUAUUAGAUAUAAAUCCUAUCAAGAGAACUCUAUGAAGGGUGUUCAUGAGCAACUCUAUCGUCUCCCGUAUUUAACAUUGUAAUAUAUUAUUCUCUUAUUGUGUAUCGAUCAUGUGAUGGGUAGAAAAAACCUUGUAUGGGUUCUGAAAAUAUUUUUAAUUUUAAAAAAUAAACUACA